AAACAGUUAUACAUAUGGAAGCGUUUACCAGCUCUUUAGCGACGAUUAUCUUUUACGCCGUGGCAAAAGAAUCGCAGAUUUCUGAUGGCAUGUUUAGCAGCGGAAUGACUUCAAAUAUAAGAGGAGCAGCGACGGUUGCCGCACUGGUGCUUCCAUUGAUUCUCCUCUACAAGCUGUUGUGGUCUCGAAGGAGAAGCACUUCCAAUGAUGAAACCAGCGACGACAACAAUUGCGAUAGCACCAGUCAAUUACAGCCAGAUUCACAGCUGCCCCUUCCCACGGCGCAGUACUUUGACCCCACUGAUUCUUCUGAUUUGUUACCCUUUCCGUCGGUGGAGUACGAGGUGUUUUUGAGCUUCAGAGGUCCAGACACUCGUCAUCAAAUUACGGAUAUCCUGUUUCGUUUCCUUGUUCACUUAAAAAUCCACACGUUUAAGGAUGACGAUGAACUCCGCACGGGGGAAGGAAUAUGGCCAUCUCUCGUUAAGGCCAUUGGCCAGUCCAAGAUUUACGUUCCGAUAUUAUCGAAGAGUUAUGCUCAUAGCAGAUGGUGCCUCAAGGAGCUCGUCGAAAUUGUUGAAAACAUGAGGCAGGACAAGAGGCGCAUCGUACUUCCAAUUUUUUACAUGGUCGACCCGAGGGACGUACGACAUCAAACCGGCCCUUAUCGGGAUGCGUUUCGGGAACAUGAGAAGAACUUUGAUCGACAGACCAUACAAAAUUGGAAAGCGGCUCUAACCACGGUAGGAGCUUUGAAAGGAUGGCACGUUACGCAUAAUGACGAGCAAAGUAAAUAUGCAGAUCUUGUUUCAGAUAGUAUAUGGUCACACCUACGGAGGUUCUAUUGCACCGUAGAAACAGAUGAAUUGGUUGCCAUUGAUGGUCAUGUAGAAGAGGUAGUGAAGAGACUAAGUUUAGACUUUAAAGACGUGACAAUGGUUGGACUUCAUGGCAUGGGUGGGAUUGGCAAGACCACUCUUGCGAAAGUUGUCUAUAACAAAAUACUAUCUCACUUUGACCGUUGUAGUUUUGUGGAAAACAUACGAGAAACACAACAUCAAAAUGAUGGUAUUUUCAAAAUACAAAAGAAGAUAAUAGAAGAUGCUACAAGAAAGGAGGACCGUGUUUGUGAUGUUAGUCAAGGAAGGAGAAUUAUAAUGGAUAGAGUUUCACAAUUCAAAGUUCUUAUCGUUCUUGAUGAUGUCGAUGAAGAGUUUAAAUUUGGAGAGGUUGUGGGGAAUCCUCGGGGCUUUGUUUCUGGAAGUAGAUUUAUUGUGACUUCAAGAGACUGCAAAAUGUUAAGUAGAUUGAAUGAAAACAAAUGCAAGUUGUAUGAAGUUCAAGCACUGAGUCCUUCUCACUCGGUUAAACUCUUCAGCAAGCAUGCGUUUAAGAAGGAUUAUCCCCCACCGGAUUAUGAAAUAUUAUCGAGCGACAUUGUAUCCACUAUGGGCGGACUUCCAUUGGCACUUGAGGUUGUAGGAUCGCUUUUGCACCGAGAAGAGAAAUCGAUUUGGGAGGCAAAAUUGAAACAGCUAAGAGAAGUGCCUGAGAAACAUGCCAUAGAAAGAUUAAAAAUAAGUUACGAUGCAUUGGAAUAUGAGGCAAAAGAGAUAUUUUUGGAUAUCGCUUGUUUCUAUAUUGGGAGAAAGAAAGUAAAGCCUUUCUAUAUGUGGAAUGACUGCAACUUCAAUCCAACCAUUAACAUUAAUCUUCUUAUUCAGAGGUCGAUGGUCAAAAUUGAUCAAGAUGGUUGUCGAUUUCAAAUGCAUGAUCAAUUAAGAGAUAUGGGCAGAGAAAUAGUUCGUAGAGAAAAUAUUGAAUAUCCAUGGAUGAGGAGUAGAAUAUGGACGGUAGAAACAGCUGUAGAGUUAUUGCAUGAAAAAAAGGGAUCAGAACAAGUUAAAGCAAUUGAGGUAACAACACCACGGCCUUAUACAAACUUGGCAAGUGAAUGUUUUGUGAACUUAUCAAGUUUGAGGUAUUUCAAAGCACCACCUGAUGCAAAGUUGAAAGGUGACUUUGAUAAUCUUCUUCCCAAUUUAAGAUGGCUUAAAAUGAGAUAUCAUCGAGGUAGGUUGGGUGAUGAUGAUCAUCUAAUCAAUUUUCAUAUGAAAAAAUUGGUUAUUCUUGAUCUCAGCGGUAGCGAUGUUUGCAACGAUUGGGGAGGCUGGACCCAUUUAAAGAUGGCCAACAAUCUAAAAACUUUAAAUCUUUCCAAGUGUGGUAGACUGACAAGACUUCCCGAGCUACCACAAUCUGGAAGUCUAGAGGUGUUAGAUCUCAGUUCCUACAGAUGGCUGAAGUCUACGAGGGACGAUGAGCUGGAUAUUGGCAAGCUGAGGAACCUAAUGGUGCUCCGUCUUCCCAGAGCUUGUAUAAAAAAGAUAACAGGCGGAACAAUUGGAACGAUAUCAAAGGGUCUCCGAGAGCUCGAUGUCGAGGAGUGCGAGUGCGAGAACCUCGCUCACGUUCUCGCGGAUGUUGGCGAAUUGCAGUCUCUUCAAAUCUUGAGAACGAGAUCGGCCAAUUGGAAACAAGGAACUCACCAACAGGUGUUGACGAGGAGACUUGCCGCCGGUUCGAGUAAUUUGAAGGAGCUCACCACUUCGUCGUCUCCAGUUGUUGAUCUCCCACGGUUGCUGGAAUUAGAAACAUUAGUUGUCGAGAGCUGUGAAUAUGGGCUCGAGAUCCCAACCCCAGCAGAAGACGACCACUAUGCCAACAAUCAAGUGUUGCCAUGGUGGAAGAUAUCCAAGUUGAAGUAUCUGCGGCUCCACGAAGCUUCCAGAAUGUGGUGCAGUAGUGGUACCAACAACAAUCCUGGUAGCAACUGCAGACUUCCAUCAGCUCUAACCCGCCUCCAUAUUAUUUGUUGCACUCAACUGGAGUGGCUGCCGAAUCUGGAGAACAUGGAGAACCUGAUCGAAUUAAUCAUCGAAAAUUGUCCCAUGCCCCGGGAGAUUCAAGGUCUCGGCAGCCUAAAAUCGUUACAAACUCUACAGAUAUCCGAUGUUGCGAAUUUACGUCGUCUUGACGGCCUGUCGACGAACAACAAUGGUCAUAUGCGGCAGUGUUCGUCGUCUUUGGCUGUUUUGGUACUGGAACGUUGUGGCGCGUUGGAAAGACUACCUAGCUUCAGCCAACUGAGAAAAUUGUUCACCUUAAACAUUGUGGAAUGCCCUCUUCUCACUGAGAUCCCGUUGUUGGGUUGUCUAUUAUCUUCUGCUAACAAGUUACAAGAGUUGUGCAUACAGGACUGCCCUCGUCUCGCAGCCUUAUCAUUAAUCACAGGAUCAGUAGCCACCAUGCCAUCUUCGUUACAACGCCUAGUCAUAACCGGUUGCACAUCCCUGCUGCAAGAAAGAAGAUGGCCAGUUCAGAUCCCCAAUUUGUCCAACUUCCCCAGGCUUAGGAUCUUGCACCUCAAAGACAUGAGAAUUGAUGGUAAGCAGUCGGUCGCCCUGGAAGGGCUUGAGUGUUUGGAAGAGUUGGAGGCACUGAUUUUGGGUAAUUUGCAGCCACCAGUAGAGAGACUGCCGUCACUUUCACAUAUGACCAAGUUGAUGAGUAUAGAAAUCAUGGACAUGCCAAGUUUGAGGGAGAUUGAGGGCUUUGGUAGCCUCAUGUCUUUGUUCAUUGUGAAGUUGAGAAAUUGCUCAUCUUUGGAAAGGCUUGAAUUGUCCGGUUUGAGGAAGUUGCGUAGUUUACAAAUCAUGGAUAUGCCAAGCUUGAGGGAGAUUGAGGGCUUUGCCAGCCUCAAGUCUUUGGCCACAUUACAGUUGACAGAUUGCACGUCAUUGAAAAUGCUCGAUUUGUCCGGAUUGGAGAACUUAGAGGUACUCGAUAUCAGUAGAUGCCCGAAAUUAGAGACAGUAGCGUUGUCUUCACUCUCGAAUCCGGGGAAGUUGCGUAGUUUGGAAAUCAUGGAGAUGCCCAGUUUGAGGGAGGUUGAGGGCCUUGCAAAUUUGAAGUCCUUGCAAACAUUGAAUUUGAGAGGAUGCACUUCAUUGGGAAAUGUUACCUCACUUGGAACAACUCUUGCAGUUGGAAAUGAUAAAUGUUGA